AUGUCGGAUUCAGAAAAAGAUGUCGGACACAGAGAAAACACAGAAAUCAUCUGGAGAGAUACAAAGUCCUCACUUCAACGGCCCCAAAAAGAAAGGCAGACGGAGCACCACCACAGCAAGGCCCAGCAACCAAACAAGCCAGAUUAUGGGGCAGCAGGCCAGUGUCCCAGCACAUUGGUUAGACCCUCAGAGUAUGACCGGUGCGCUGCCCUAGCCUGUAAACAGCUCAAUGGGCCACACACCUUCUCUGCCCUUGCCAGUGCAUUGAACGAAGUUCACUGUGAAUUCAACAUCCGAGACAAAAUCACACGCACCACGACUGACAAUGGGUCCAACUUCAUAAAAGCUUUUAAGCUAUAUGGGCAAACUGAUGAAAACAACAACCCAGGUCCUAGUGUCGAGAGUGCUGAAGCCGAAGAUGACAAUGGUGAUGGGAAUGAUGAAGAACAGGAGAGUGAGGGCAUGGAGUUCGUCGAGGCUGGAGCGAUACUUGACGAGGAUGACUGCCUGGAAUACCAACUACCCAGACACCAUCGCUGUGCUUGCCACCUUCUUAAUUUGGUGUCAGCUGUUGAUGUUGAGGAGGCCAAUGUCAACAGCGCCUACAAGCGGGUUUCACGCUCAGCUUUUUCGAAGUGUUGGGGACUUUGGAACAAAAGCGCAAGAUCUACCACAGCAGCAGAAGUCAUCGAAAAGAACUGCAAACUGCAGUUAUUGAGACCAAAUGCAACAAGAUGGAAUUCCCUGUUCUUGGCAGUGGAGAGGAUCAUCAGAAUUACAAGGGAGCAGGGAGAAGGGGCCAUCACAGCUGUAUGCAGCGCACUGAAGAUAGCCAUGUUCACACCUGUUGAGCUUGCAUUCCUGGCCGAAUACAUGAAGACCAUGGCCCCGGUGGCGAAGGCCCUGGAUGUCCUGCAGGGCGAUACGAAUGUGCAGAUGGGCUGGUUGGUGCCAACGAUCACAAUACUCAAGAAUAAGCUCCAAAACCUCCGCCUUGCCACCAAGUUCUGUAGGCCUUUAAUUGAUGCUCUACUAAAAUGCCUUGAGAAGCGUUUCGAACACGUCCUCACAGAACCAGAGCUGAUCGCUGCUGCAAUUCUCGUGCCCAAAUUCAAGACCAGCUGGACAAAUGACGACUACACCCUGAGACUCGGCCUUGACUACAUCAAAAGUCACUUGAAGGACCAAGCUGAGGACAAUCAAGCUGACAGCUUGCCUUCUUCUUCUUCAGAGGAGGACUUCUUUUCUUCAAUCAAACAGCCCAGUUCCCAAGAAAAGGCCAAACAGCUGGAGACUUACCUUGGCUCCCCAGGUUCCAGCUUCACUGAAGGUCUGUUCUAUAAAAGUGUCCACUAUGAGGACAGUCCUCCAAGGUCCUCCAUCAGCAGAUCUUCAUCCACUCCUACAGCCAGCAGAUCAUACAUCCCUUUUGGAUUCAGUCACUGCUCUGCAGUCACCGGCCCCGGACAGCUUCAGUGA